AUGACUCCCUCGAUCAAAUGUGCGGUUUAUUUGAUGCUGUGUAGUGUCUUAGUUAUUCCACCUACUAUUCAAGAACAAACUCGUGAGAAUGAAGAACCAUCCUGUACGCAGAUAGACUUCGACGAUGAAACCUUAACGUCCCUGCGUAAGUGUGGUUACCUGCAGGAGUUCACCGCCAAACCGUACGACGAGUCUACCCAAUUUGAUCCUUACCGUCCCGGGGCAAACUAUUAUCUGUCCAACAAAUGGCAAGGGACAACCUGUGGGGAAACGGUAAGGACGUACUCCUUCAACAGUGAUACCGAGCUGCGGAUGGCGUACAAUGCAGUGUUCGAAAGUGGGGCUACCCUGGAGGUGCGUGUGUAUGAUCUGGACCGGGUAGAUUCGACCGGAAACGCUAUCCUCGUCGAGUCCUGGCGAACGUCAACAUCCACGGAGGAUUGGGGAUUUUUCCAAGAAAAACUAAACAAAACAGUGAUUCGGGCCCAGAUCCAAAUCGAAGCCAAUAUGAACGCCGGCAGUGACAUGGCGAUAGAGUACUUGACCAUCUUCAACUAUGAAGUGGAAACGGAGGAAUGCAGUGCCAUUGACGAGUUUCUAACGACUACUGAAAUUCCCACUACGACAACUGAGAGUUCGACGACAGCGUUUCCGUCAACAACAACAACAACAACAACAACAACAACAACAACAACAACAGCAGCAACUACAACAACAACAACAACAGCAACAACAACAAUAACAACUACGACAGCACCUACAACCUCAACGGAGACGGAAGAGAUAACGAUUUCUACGACGGAAGUUAGCGAAGAGCUUCCCCCAACGACGUCAGAGGCAACGACGUCAACAUCGGAAACGAUACCUUCAACAACCAUCUCAGAAGCACUGACGACGACAACAACAUCAAUACCAACAACAACAACAUUAGCUUCUACUACGACAAGAACUUCAACAUCAAUACCAAUUACAACAACAACAGUAUUAACAACCGAAUUUACGACGACAACAUCAUCAACACCAAGCACUACAACAUCCACCACAACCAACGCACCGAGGGACGAUACGUCAAUGAUGCCCACGAGCUCUUCAACUGUCCAACAGACCUCAACAGCCGAUUCCGUAGACAGUUCAAACCAAAGUACGACAACGCCAAUCUCACAAACACUGCCCAGUCAUAUUUUCCCACCGGUUGAGGAUCUCGUUGGCUCUAACCAAUGGAUGUGGAUGACGCUGGCUGCGAUGUUUGGGACACUUCUUCUGCUGGCCACCAGUGCCGUCUUCUACCUGUGGUAUGCAAACCAGCAUCUUGAUCGGGUGAUGAUGCGUCUGUUGGAUGAGUUAUGCUACGAGAAGUAUAACGAAAAACCUCCGAAGAUCAUUUAA